UGAGUCAGAGAGUACCACAUGAUUUAGAUGCGGGUGACUCAACAUCACUCAGGUGUGGCCAGAAGACGUCGGGCCGUAGACCAACCCUAGGCUCCGAACUUUCCUGAAUCACUCCCCCCGGGAGCAAGACGGCUGGACGGUCCUAUUUUCCCUUUCGAAUGUCGGAGUGCACGAGUCAGCAUUCUCACGAUCGUUUGUAUCGAUCAUUUUGCAGCACGACGAAUGAUUUUAAAUACGCACACAAACGUCGAUGCAGGAUUCUACAUGUCUUGAGGAGUUGUAUUUAGUGGUGAUAGAAUUUGAAUGAAAAAGUAACUUAACUUCAUCUGUGGACUAGUGGCUAUUUAAAAUCCUGGAAGAUCCCGUACACUAUAUCACUGCAGGUCCUAGCAGCUGGUACUGUCCUUUGGCUACAUGCAGGGUAUGUUCCAAACUAGGGAACUGAGCGAAGACUGAAACAAACCGUAAUGUGUCAACGCCCACGAUUUCUCCUCAGUGGAAAGGAAGUGAAACCCCAGCGAUUGAGGCAGAAAGAGUUCACUGGACGAAACCGUUGCAUGGAGUGUUGAUUUCAAAUAGGAACCACUUCAUCCUCUUUCUGAUUUGGACAUUUUGUUUCAGCUUAUCCUCCUAAGGCUUCCGUUACUGUGUUUCUUGUGAGAGGUGUGUGAAACUGACCGAUGUCGUAAGAUGACAGCGAGAUGACAUUGUGGGCGAGACCGAUGGACAAAGUAGAAGCAGUAUCCUCGACGGCAGUCAUUCCACAGGCUGCCAGUUAUGAGCAUCUUCAGGCGCUUAUGGAGGAAGUGACUGACACACCACAGUGAUGCAGAAAGCCUGUCUGCUACACUCUGUGUAGAGUUUCAUAGACCAAGUGACUGAACUAUUCUGUAGUCUGCUUUUUGAAUGUGGAAAGCAGACUCGCUACAGCUUAACCUCACAGAGGAAUAACUCAUGGAUUCAGCGGACUGGUGGGAAGAGUACUAGGAUGAACCCUGUGAUGAGUCGGAAUGUGGUGCUGAAAUGAACUGGGAAUCCCCUACCGGAGUAAAUGGGAGGUAUCAGAACUGAGGUGGAAUCCACUGUUGCCUUAACACAAAAAAUGAGUGCCGUGUAAUAAACUGGAAAAACGUCAGAUUUACCUGGCAAAGAUUGUACUUCUGGAGUAACAUGAGAAGUUAGGCAAUAUCGAAUGGGAAUUUUGGACUGGAACUGAACUGGAACAUCAAUUAGAAGUUGUAUUGCAAUUCAAGUGUUUUGAAGGUGUUUUCUGGAUAACAAUCUGCAAUUCUGAAGGGGUAGCGUUGGAACAUUUGUCUUAGAUUGGGAAGACUUAUCUAUUCCUGUGGAAAAGCGUUUAUUGGGCAAGGAUAACUUAAUCGAAGACGCGCUGCAGAAAUGGCAGGUCCGGGGAAGGACUACAAUCAUCUCUUCAAACUGCUCAUCAUUGGAGACUCCAAUGUAGGGAAAAGCAGUCUGCUACUACGAUUUGCCGACAACUCCUUUUCUGGCAGCUACAUCACAACAAUCGGUGUAGACUUUAAGAUCCGUACGGUGGACAUUGAUGGGGAGCGAGUGAAACUACAGAUCUGGGACACAGCGGGUCAGGAGCGCUUCAGGACCAUCACCUCAACGUACUAUAGAAACACUCAUGGUGUGAUCAUUGUCUAUGACGUGACCAACCCAGACUCGUUUGUGAACGUGAAGCGGUGGCUCAAUGAAAUCACCCAGAACUGUGACAAUGUCUGUAAGAUUCUAGUGGGGAACAAGAAUGACGACCCCUCCAAGAAGCAGGUUGAAUCCCAUGAUGCAAUUCGUUUUGGGGAGUCAGUGGGAGUCCGGGUGUUUGAGACAAGUGCCAAAGAAAACAUCAACGUGGAAGAGAUGUUUAUGGCAUUCACUCACAUGGUUCUCCGGGCGAAGAAGCAGAGUCAGAUUCGUGCAGACAGAGGGGGACGUGAUGAAACCGUCGAUAUCAACUUGCAAAAACACAGAGAGAGAAAGAAGAAGGGCAAGAAGUGUUGCUGAGGGAGGGAUGGAUGUGGGAUAAAAGGACCGGCAGAGACUGAAGCGUUGAUAGUCUGUCUACACUGAUGAGGGAGAAAACCCAGAACAAUAUGCCGACAUUGCACUGAGACAAGAUUGCUAGCCAUUAAGGAAAAAUAACCACUGUUAUGUGCUGAUUUUUUUGAAUUUAUGUUGAGUUUUUAUGAAUGUGUGUUAAUGAAAUUUUAUAAUUAAAAGGGAAAAUGGAUUCCCAGUGUCAAACUGUCAUUAAAACCCCUAAUCGAGGAAAUACACUAACAGACUUCAGUGACUAGAGUGAUGUUUGUCUCAUUUCUUAAAAUAUUGUCCAUAUGUGAAAAAUGUUGUAAUAAACAGUGAGCAAUAAAAUCUGCUUUAUUA